CCUAGAGAAGCCUACGAUGCCCGACAAUGUACAAUGCAGUUUGUGAGCGCGAGGGAGGGAGGUAAAAGCAGAGUGAAUCAAAUGUUACGAAGUCCCAGUGGCAGUAGUGCAACGGAAGGUGUCUUAGGAUAGAGGCUUUUGAAGAUUUAUCGUUGUGCGGCAGCUUGUAAAGUUUCUUUUAGACGAUAGAAUUGGUGUACAUUCACGUCGCAGGAAUUCUCGUUAACUACGAUCUACAUGGUCCAUAGAUAACAUGGCGGAAGCACAUUCAGCUGUAGCAUUUAGUUUUUCUAUUACUCAUGAAGGAUGGGACGUUAAUUUUGAUAGAGAAGUUUUGCAUUUGGUCUGGCAGUCAGGUAUUCGCUCAUGGAAAAAGAGGUUCUUCAAAUUUGUUAAUAAUCUAAGAAGCGGCGUAUAUCCUGCCUCUUUGGAAAGUUUAUGGUUAACCAUAGCUGUGGUGACUGUGAUACAUUUUGCAGGUUUCAAAUAUCCCUAUGAUCCUGUUGGAAAAGCUGCACCAUACCUUUCAGGAUCUUUGAUAUUGGCACACUUAGCUGGAUCAUUUUUAUUUGGAUUAUUGUUGUGGUUGAUGGUGAUAUAUCUAAUUCGCUAUACUUUAAAAUUGUUACUUAUGUACAAAGGAUGGAUGUAUGAAUCUAGAGAAAAAGGGUCUAGUACUUCAAAAAUUACUAAAAUAUGGACUACAUUGGUGAAGAUAUUCUUUGGAUGGCACAAACCAAUGUUGUAUAGUUUUCAAGGAUCCUUACCAAGGCUACCACUACCUUCAGUGGAAGAUACUAUGAAAAGGUACCUGCGAAGUGUUCGACCUUUACUCGAUGAUGACAAUUAUGCUCGUAUGGAGACUCUAGCUAAUGAAUUCCAAAAAGGCAUUGGUAAAAAACUUCAACGUUAUUUGAUUUUGAAGUCUUGGUGGGCCACUAACUAUGUUUCUGACUGGUGGGAAGAAUAUGUUUACCUACGUGGACGAUCUCCUAUUAUGGUGAACUCAAACUUUUACGGCAUCGAUGCUAUUUUAAUGCAUCCGACGAAAGUGCAAACUGCUCGGGCCGCAAGUGUCAUUUAUUCAUGUCUGCAAUAUAGACGUCUCAUUGAACGUCAAGAGUUAGAACCAAUUUUAAUUCAGGGACUAGUACCUUUAUGUUCAUGGCAAUAUGAAAGAUUAUUUAAUACUACAAGAAUACCUGGACGCGAUACCGACAAACUUGUUCAUUAUCAAGAUUCUAAGCAUAUUGUUGUGUAUCAUAAAGGCAGAUACUUCAAAGUUUUUAUUUAUCAUAAAAACAGAAUUCUUCAACCCUCUGAAAUUGAACUCCAGAUGCAACAAAUUUUAGAUGAUAAAUCAGAACCCGCAGAAGGGGAAGAAAAAUUGGCUGCGUUAACAGCAGGCGAAAGAACUGCAUGGGCAAUGGCUAGAGAAGAGUUUUUCUCAAAAGGAGUGAAUAAAGCAUCUUUAGACUUAAUUGAAAAAUCAGCAUUUGUAGUUACACUAGAUGACAUACCAUAUAUAUAUGAUCCAGCGAAUCCAGAAAAAUUAGAUCAAUAUGGCCGAAUUCUAUUACAUGGUAAAGGAUAUGAUAGAUGGUUUGACAAAUCUUUUACUUUAUGCAUAGGUAACAAUGGUAGAAUUGGAUUCAAUGCUGAACACUCGUGGGCAGAUGCUGCAGUGAUGUCACAUUUAUGGGAGUACGUGAUAUCUCAGGAAACUGGCAAUAGAGAAUAUAGAGAAGAUGGACACGUUAAAGGGGAACCGGAGUUCACACCUCCAUCUCCUACUCGGCUUCAAUGGGAUUUAAACGAAAGUUGUAUAACAGCUAUUGAGACCUCAAACGAAGUUGCACAGAAUUUAUUGAAUGACGUUGAGUUACGCAUUUAUGUACAUGAUGCAUACGGAAAAGGUUUUAUGAAAAUUAAUUCUAUGUCACCGGAUGCAUAUUUACAAAUGGCACUCCAAUUAGCAUAUUAUCGCGAUUCUGGUAAAUUUAAUUUAACAUACGAGGCUUCCAUGACUAGACUGUUCAGAGAAGGAAGAACAGAAACAGUGAGACCAUGUACAAUUGAAUCUACGGCAUGGGUUAAAGCAAUGGAAGAUAAAGAUGCUACCACAGACCAUAAAUAUAAAUUAUUGAUGGCAGCAGCAAAGCAGCAUCAGAAAGGUUAUCAAGAUGCUAUGUGUGGCAAGGGAAUUGAUAGACACUUAUUUUGUUUAUACGUAGUAUCCAAGUAUUUAGAAGUGGAUUCUCCGUUUUUGAAGGAAGUUUUAAGUGAACCGUGGAAAUUAUCUACUUCGCAGACUCCGCAUGGUCAGACAUCAUUAAUAAAUUUGAAAAAACAUCCAAAUUGUAUUUCUGCAGGCGGUGGUUUCGGCCCUGUUGCUGAUGAUGGUUAUGGUGUUUCUUAUAUUAUUGCUGGCGAAGAUCUUAUAUUUUUCCAUAUUUCGUGCAAACGCAGUUCUCCAAAAACAAAUGCUGCCCGAUUUGCAAAUCAAAUAGAGAAGUCAUUGGCUGAUAUGAAGAAUUUGUUUCUUGAUUAUAAAAAACUACAAUCACAAAAGAACGGUUCUAUUUAAUCAUUUUACAACGAAGAAAAAUUUAAUAGUUCAUGCAGUUAUGAAGAUAUAUAGUUUUGAAUAUUUGCUUUCAUAAAUUUACAAAGAGUUAUACCUUCACAGAACUAAAUGCACCAAUGAUUACCUGAGUAAAUAUUAAGCAGGAAGCUGUUACGAAGUACAAAUAAAAAAAUUAAGGUAAAGUUAAACAGAUUCAACAAAAAUACAAAGCAAGUUAUGACUGCUAACUUCAAACAUCUUUGUGACUAAAAAUAUAUAUUUCAUACUAUUUGAUGCUAUACAUUAAAGUAACACAAACAUAAUUUAACUGUACCUAUUUUUAUAAGAAAUUUUUAUAAAAAGAAGCUAUUUUUCAAUAAGAAGAUAAUUGUCAAUUAUAAUUGCAUUUAUAGUAAUUGAUCAUUAAAGGUUUAAAAAGAAUGUUUAAAAUAUAGUUUCAAAACUUGAAAUUCUCAGGUAGUUUUCUUCAUAUUAGAUGAAUUCUCAAAAAUUUAUCAGUUUGUUAGAAGGUGUGGUAAAAAAUUUAUAAAAUAAAAUUGUUGUGUAGAUUGAUAUUUGAAUAACUGUUUAUAUAGUUAUUAUAGAUACUUAUUAUCAGUCUUCUUCAACUAUUAAGAACAUUUGAAAAAUUUAAUAUUAAUUUCCAGUAUUCAAAGUUCUAAAAUACUUUUCAAAGCAAAUUUAUUUGUAUGGAAUAUUAGAGACAAAAGGAACCAAUUCUGUUUUGACUUUAUAUUAAUUCUUUAAUCGUGUAAUACUCAUUCCAUACUCAUUACAUCAGAUAUUUAUAAAUGAUAAUGAUAAAUUUAUAAUGGACCUUUUAAGAAUUUCAGUAAUCUCAGAUUUUGUACGUAAUUCACUUCAUAAAACAAACUAUCAUGUUUUAUUAACAAUAAUUUUUAUAUUAAUAACUCAUCAGUUUUAAUGCGAUGUAAUCAUAUUAGUGAAUAGUACGAAAAUGUAUUAAAUAAUAUGCCAUAACUCAAUUUCUGCAACCUAUCAAUGCAAAGUUUUAUCAUUAUAGAUAGUUUUAUAUAAUAUGUAAAGUAUUACUCCUUUUACCGCACUUUAUUCAAAACAUAUUGCAAAAUAAUGGUGCUUUUAUAAUGGAAUUUUAAUAUUUUUUCUGACAUAAAUCAAAAACAGAAAAUUAGAUUUAAAAGUAUCAAAUUAUAAAAACUGUUAGUAUUUAAAACUUUGUCCUUCAUCACCUGGAUAUUGUUAAAAACAAAAGGAUUAAUAAUAUGCAACAAUGUUGUACUUUCGAUUAAACAUAUAACAUUACUAGAAAUAUACACAGAUAAGAUUUCUCAUUACUAAAAUUGCAUUUACACAUGACCCGAACUGUUAAACUAAUUGCAGAGUAUGUAUUUGUUAUAUAUUAAAUAAAAAUUGUUAUUUUUAAAAACUGAGCUCCGAAAAUUCGACAAAAUUGUCACGCGUAAGCACUUGAUAAAGAAACAUUUUAAACUGUAAUAAAGAUGUUUACUCUUA